UGGGGGGUGGGACACGUACAACAGCUGCACAGGGACGCGCAGCGCUAAAUGUAACCCCCACCCCUCCCACGGAGAGGCCGCAUCGGAGACGCAGGAAAUUGAGGGGGGGCUUUCCCGCCCCGACUGUAGCUCCGAGCCCAGGCGCGGGACGUGGCGGCGCACAAGCUGCGGCGGGGGCCGGGGGAUCGAUCCGAGCCGCCCAGCGGCUGUUCCCAGCUCGGCGAGCCGCGCUGCGCGGCUGCAAUCGGGCGGGGCCGAGGGAGGCCGAACGGACCCGAGCCGGCGCACGGGGCCGGGGGCUGCCUUGCCUCGGGCGGCGCGACCCCGGCGUAGGCUCCUAGCCCCUGGCCGGCGCUCGCCACCAUGGGAGCCAUGAGGGAGCCGCUGCCCCGGGGCGCGCUGGGCUCCUUGUUGCUGCUGCUGGUGCUGGGACUGUGUGGGGCGCGGGAGGUGCACCUGCCCCCAGGGCCCCUGUUCCGCGUGGAGGGCACGGCCAUCUCCAUCCCCUGCAGCGUCUCAGAGUACGAGGGCCCCACGCUGCAGCACUUUGAGUGGUUCCUGUACCGCCCGACGGCUCCCGAGAUCUCCAUCGGCAUGAUCAGCACCAGGGACCCCAGCUUCCCCUACGCUGUCUUCGGCCCCCGCGUGCAGAGUGGGGAGGUGUCAGUGCAGCGGCUGCGUGGCGAUGCCAUCGAGUUACGCAUCGCCCGGCUGCGGGCCGAGGACGCUGGUGUCUACGAGUGCUACACGCCCACCACCGACUCCAUGUACCACGGCAACUACAGCAGCAAGGUGGUGCUGAAAGUGAUCCCUGACAUGCUCGGGGUCUUGGCCCCCACACCCAGGCCCCUUCUGCGAGGCCGCAUGGCUGGCACCUCCCCGCUGCAGCUCAGCUUGUCGGAGGGCCAGGAGCUGCAGUUGAGCUGCACGGCCCAGAGCCAGACGCAGCAGCACACCCAUCUCUCUGUCUCCUUCGGGGUGUCGGCUCCCGAUGCCCCCGUGGGGCGCCAGACGCUGCAGGAGGUGGUCGGGGUGCGGCGUGACUUCGCCGUGGAAGCUGGCGGGCACUUUGCCGAGCGGUACCGGUCUGGGGAGCUCUCUGUGGCCAAGGCAGGCAGCGAACAGUACAAGCUGGCCAUCGGGCGGGUGCGCCCGGGAGACGCGGGCACCUACCACUGCACAGUAGGCGAAUGGAUCCAGGACCCCGACGGCAGCUGGCAGCUGAUCGCCGAGAAGCGGGCAGCGCUGGCCCAGGUGACUGUCCAGUCCAUCGCGAGCCAGCUGGCAGUGUCGGCCAGCCCGCCCGAGGUCCGGCUCAGCGCUGGAGACGCCCUGGAGCUUCUUUGCAAUCUGUCAGGCCCUGCGGCCCCUGCACCCCACGUGGUGUAUGCCGUGAGCUGGGAGGUGGGCGAGGGGGACGGGCUGCUGGUGGCACAGCUGGACACGGAUGGAGUGGCCAUCGUCGGGGAGAGCUAUGCCAACAGCCAGGUGGGCCGGCGCCAAGUCUCGCUGCAGAAGCUGACGCCCGCCCCAGGCUCCUACCGGCUGCGGAUCGAGUCGGCCCAGCCAGGGGACGCGGGCACCUACCGCUGCGUGGCCCGGGCCUACGUGCACUUCCCUGAUGCCCAGCUGCGGGAGGUGGCCAGCAGCCGGUCACAGGGGCUGAAGGUGCACAUGAAAUCAGAAGCCGUGGUGGUGGAGGCCUACGCGUGGCUGCCCGUCCCCGCCACCUACCGCGGGGACACGGCCGAGCUGCUGUGCAACAUCUCGGUGGAGUCGACCCAGGCCGUCCACAUGGCCGUCAGCUGGUGGGUGGAGGUGACGUUGGGGGAGGAGGAGCCCCAGGGCCGGAUGGUGGCGUCUUUGAGCCGCGAGGGUGUGGCCGAGCUGGGCCGGCGGGCAUCAGGCGGGGACAUGAGUCUGGACAAGGUGGGGCCGCAGUGCCACCGGCUGCGGCUCCAUGGGGUGGAGCCGUCCGACGAAGGGAGGUACCACUGCGCCGUCACCUCCUGGGUGCGCUACCCCGACCGCAGCUGGUACAACGCCGGGGCCGUGAAGUCCAACUCCGUCGCCGUGUAUCCCUAUGCCCGGGCCAUGGACACCCUGUUCAUCCCCCUCAUUGUGGGCAUUGCCAGCGCCCUCUUCACGGGCAUCGCCAUCCUCGCCACCAUCACCUGCUGCUUUAUGAGGCGGCUCCGCAAGAGGUGAAGCGCACGGGAGACUGGCCCCAGGGCGCUGCAGGUGCCUGCUCCAUCUCGCUCUCCUGCCAGCCUUCACUCAAGUCACUGGGCUCCCUUUUUCCCCUCCACUUGUGACUUUUGACCUCUCACCUCCAUGGACCGGCUUGGGCAGCAUUUCAGCUCCUCGGACUGCACACUGGCUUCUUCCUUCAUUUGAGUCAUUCCAUUUUUUUUUUUCUAAACUCAACCCAGAUCCAGACAAGCCCCUGGUGGGAGAUGGGAGACCCUGGGUCCUGCAUCAGGGCCAAACGUUGCCAAGAAGUCGAUGCGUCCGUCUGAGACAUCCAGGCUGGAGAGGUCCCUCUCCGGAGGACAUGAGGGACAGUGGCACUGCCUCAUCUGCUCCUGGACUCACUGCUUCCCUGAUCCUUCCCUACCUUGUCUCUGUGCCCCAGGGUGGGAGCGUGGGGGCUGCUUUUCCCUCUGCUGCCAGCAUCUCUACAUCCUCUACCCCCUCUGUCUGUAACCUGUUCUCUCCUCCCCUCUCUCAUGUGUUUGGCUCGGUGAGGGCUGUCCUGUGGAUCUAGACAUGUGUGGACUCUGCCCCUGCAGUGUGUGCAGAGAAAGGGUGUAUCAUUCCCUAGGGGAGGGGCCCAGUGGCUCUGCUCUGGAGAAUCUGAGACUUGAUCUACCGGAGAUCUCAGAGUCAGUAACGUGUUUGUAGCCGAUAACGUGGACAACAGCCUGCUACCGCUGCCAGCUGAGGGAAUUCCUCCUCUAGCCGGAGCAGUAGAGCCUUGUGCUUUAGAGCUGAAGGUCCUGGGUGCAAACCCUGCUGAUGACCCAUGCUGGGGUCAUGAUUGGGUGACCUCAGGUGACCUGAGAGAGGGGAGGGGUCUGCUUUUGUGUAAGAAAAGAAAGGGACUCUAAUGCCAAAGGAUGGGGGCUCAGGCCUUCCUUGGCCCCCCCCCUCUCCCUUUGGGGUUUUAAUUGCACCCCAGCUCUGCCUUCAGGAACAGCCGAGUACUCUACCAGUGGCUGGACCUGUCCCCAGAGCGGUCCCUUUGCAGCCAACGGGCCGGAUCCUGCCAUAUCCCUCGUGCUCACUGCACCUGUGCUCUCAGGCUGAUCUGAUGGCAUUUUACACUGACUGCGAGAAAUCCUGGCCCCCCUGAAGUCAAUGGAAAACCCCCCAUGAUCUGCAGUGGGGCCCGGAUUCCAGCUGUGGUGUAAACAAGGCAGAAUCAGACUCGGGUGUUUCUGUUAAAGGGACACACGUAGCGAUGGCCACGGAGUUCGGGUUUGUUAAAUAGAUCCUAAAACCGGAUAUCGGUGGAGAUGGGCUAAAACAACUGGUGGCAGGUUUUUAAUGAAACCUUCCCCCAGGUCCCUGCACAAGGGAAAGUGCCGAAGCUGGCAAGAGACGUGCUUGUCCUUUAGCCUCCCGGGUGCUGGGGAGUUACCUAGAACGCCGGGCUUUAGAAAAAGAGCAGUUGGUUUUGAUGAUGUGGUUUUAAUGUAACAGGCACACGACAGCCAGGCUUUUCCAAAGUUGCCUGGAAUGUUGCUGUUCAAACCAGGGCAAUCGGCCGUGCACGCUCCUGACACGGUUUAGAAAAACCUCUGCCCACGUAAUGGUCAUUCGUGUGACCGGUCUUGGCACAAUGGGGGGUUCCCCCACAUUACGAGCACAGAAUAGCAUGGGUUGGGGAAAUAACAUGUUUAGACAGAUAAGCACUAUAUAGCGACAGCCACUGUACAUAGGUGUAUAAAUUAUUAGUCUCUUUUUAGAGAUAUAGGAUCAGAUCCUUAUCUGGUGUAAAUCAACAUAGCUCCUUCAAAGGGACCCCACUUGGCAGGAUCGAAUCCUUGCUUCAAAGGGCCGAGCUGCCUGGCCCUGGUGCAGCAAAGCCCUUAAGCAUCUUCUUAACUCGAAAUCGGCCACUUGUUCCAUUGAAGUAAAUGGGAGUGCUCCUGUGAUUACAGUUAAGCACGCGCUUUGCUGAAUGAGGGUCUCUAACCCCAGCAGGGGGUCUGAUCCUCUCUACACACAUCACUAUACCGAGAUCUAGAUCUAUUUAGUAAUGACGGUGUGGUGUAAAAUCCCUAGAGAUCAUCCCAAACCUUUAGAACUGUGUUAUGUUGCAGAUUAGAGAGGGGAUCCGUUUUCUGAAGCUCAGGGUCGAUGUGGAAUGUUUCCAGAAAGUCUGUUUUUAAACAUUUCCUUUUUGGCGCUCUUGCUAAAUUGGGUAGUAACCCAGCCUGGGGACAAACUUGGGUGGUGCGGGAGGGGUUAAUGCCUGAUUUUUUUAUUUUUUUCCCCCAGCUCUGGAGAGCGCGGUUCAGGUUUGGUUUAAGUCACAAAGCCGCGCACAAUUUAGGUUGCCCGACUGUUCAGGGGAGUGGAACGGGGGAGGGGUUAACGGGUCGGGGUUCAUGUUUGCAAACCCCACAGCCGUGCUAGGCCUCUUGCCUUCAGGUUUAGUUACUGAUGAUUCCUGCAGACCCCAAGUCUCUCCGGUGGAUCUAAUCUGUUGCCAUGGAAAUCCUGGCUCAUGUUGGGAGCAGGGCAAGGGGGUGGGGGGAUUGGACUCAUUUUUCAUUAAUGUGAUGUCAUAAGGAGGUUCCCACCCUAGUAAAGAGAAUUUCCUUGUAUUGUU